CAGGCGUUGCUGGAUUCACUGCGACACUUUUACCUGAUGAUACUAUUUUAUAUAUUGGAGGAGAAGAUACUUCAGGGGAUACGGUGUCGUGGGACAAGCUGCCACUAUACGAUAUCAAAAAUGACACAUGGAAUUACAUUACAACCUCGGGCGAUGUUCCUUCUUCACGUAAAGGUCAUACUGCUAUUCUGGCUCCAGAUGAUCGCAUUAUAAUUAUCGGUGGAUCCCCUGUUAGCCAAUUUAUUGUAUUAGAUAUCAAAACCUAUGAGUGGUCAUACCCAUCAAUUGAUUCUCUUAAUGGAAGACCGGCUCCAAAAAUUGCUUAUCAUACUGCAACAUUACUUGGAAAAUAUAUUUUAAUUGGAUUUGGUUAUGCACUAAAUACUUAUCAAACAGAUAUUUACCUAAUGGAUAUUAGUGACAGAAAUAAUUACAGAUGGACUAAUUUAUAUGAUCCAUCAAGUUUCUUAAUCUCAACGUCAACAUCGUCAUCAAAUACGAUCUCACCAUCAUCAUCAAAUCCGACUUCUUCACCAUCACCAAAUUCGAUCCCUCCAACAUCAUCAGAUUCAAAUUCAAAACCACCAAAUUUUUCCUUAAUUAUAUCACUUGUUAUAGUUGGUUUUAUAAUUUUAUUUGUUGUGGCAAUUUUAAUAACAAUUAAAAUUCUUAACAACCGUUAUGCUUAUGUUAUUGAUCCAACGGAUGAUAGUAUUAUAAAGAAUGGAACAGAUAAUCAACAUGUAUAA